AAUCUAAUCUAAUCCAAUCUUAAUCAAAAAAUUUGUGACAAAAUAAAAAUAAAAAGAAAUAAAAAAAGCCCAAAAUUUUGUAACAAAAAUAUUAUUAUUGUCUCAAAUUCUCGCCGUUUCUCUUUUCUCACCCAAUUUUCUCUCUCUUUCUUACCUCGUUUUCUCUCUCUCUCAUCAAUCGUCGCGGUUCCUUCGCAGAAAAUCUCUCAGAUUUUCUCUAUUUCCAGAACGAUCAAAAUUCAUCAUCAUCAUCAUCGAUCUAUACAAUCUUUCCCUUUCUAAUAGCACUUCUAAUUCGGAGAGAAAAAAAAAACCCCAAAAAAAAAAUCCCAAAUUUUCUCGCCACAUAAGCCCUAGAAAAUUUCACAAACCUUAAUCUUAUUCUUCUUUUUUCGAUUCGAUCGUUUUUCUAUUUCAAAUCAUGGUUAAUUAUAAGAGGAGAUCUUGCUUGAUCUAGGGUUUCCUCUUUUUUGGUACGAAUCUAGGGUUUCGAAUUUGUGCAAAUUCGAUUUUGGAAUUGAUGUUUCUUUUCAGGAACGUAGCUUGGAUCGAUUCGGAAGAAGAUGGAGGAUUAUGUAUGGGUUCGGUGGUGAGAAGUGGAAACACAAUCGGCACAUGUGGCCUGUUGUUACUUCUAACGCGACCACUGUAGUCACCGUUUCUUCACCGUCUCAAUUUAUAUGCAAAGAUGGACGCAAGAUUCGUGUUGGUGACUGUGCACUUUUCAAACCUCCCCAGGACUCACCUCCUUUUAUCGGAAUAAUUCGCAAGUUAACAUUCGAUAAAGAAGAAAAUCCUAGUUUAGAAGUGAAUUGGUUUUACCGGCCUGCUGAUUUGAAGCUCAAUAAAGGGAUUGUAGUGGAAGCUGCACCAAACGAAGUCUUCUACUCCUUUCACAAGGAUGAGAUACAUGCUGCAUCAUUACUCCAUCCUUGUAAAGUCGCAUUUCUCCGUAAAAGUGUUGAACUACCUUCAGGGAUAUCCGCAUUUGUUUGUAGGCGAGUUUACGACAUUGACAACAAUUGUUUACGGUGGCUAACUGAUAAGGAUUAUAUUAAUGAACAGCAGGAAGAAGUUUACAAGCUAUUAGAUAAGACAAAACUAGAAAUGCAUGGGGCUGUGCAGUCAGGAGGCCGUUCUCCAAAACCCUUGAAUGGUCCAACGUCAACACAGUCAUUGAAAUCUAGUUCUGAUAACAUUCAAAGUAGUUCUUCCUUUGGUGUACCGGGUAAAGGAAAAAAGAGAGAAAGAGGUGAUCAGGGAUCUGAUUCAUCCAAAAAAGAGCGAUUAUUUAAGGUAGAAGAUGGAGAUUCUGGUCAAUUUAGACCGGAGAGCAUGCUAAGGUCUGAGAUUGCUAAAAUCACUGAUAAAGGCGGGUUUGUGGACUUUGAAGGAGUUGAAAAGUUUAUACAGCUCAUGCAACCUGACAGUGCUGAUAAAAAAAUAGAUUUGGCUGGUCGAAUUAUGCUUGUUGAUGUAAUAUCUCUCACGGAACGGAAUGAAUGUCUUGGCUGGUUCGUACAGCUCCGGGGUUUGCCUGUGUUAGAUGAAUGGCUCCAGGAAGUCCAUAAGGGCAAAAUUGGCGAUGGCAAUGUGGAUAAGUCUGAAGAAUUUUUGUUAGCUUUACUUCGUGCGUUGGAUAAGCUUCCUGUGAAUCUUCAUGCACUACAAACCUGUAAUGUUGGAAAAUCUGUUAAUAAUUUGCGUAGCCACAGAAAUUCUGAAAUUCAGAGGAAAGCCAGGAGUUUGGUAGACACAUGGAAGAAGCGUGUUGAAGCUGAAAUGAAUAUGACAGAUUCAAAACCAGGUUCAACCCGUGCUGUUUCUUGGCCCGCAAAGCAAUCACAGUCAGAUGUUUCUCACUCCGGUAAUAGGAAAAGUGGAGGAUCCUCAGAGCAUGUUGCAAAGAGCUCUGCUAUUCAACCUUCAACAUCCAAAAAUUCCCAAUCUAAGCUUAAUUCUGGAGAAGUAGUAUCGAAGUUCACUUCAUCCCCUGGCUCAACUAAAUCGAUGACUGCCUCAGUAUGCAGCAACUCGAAAGAUCAAAAUGUUAAACUCAUUGUUGGUGCAACAACAUCAGAUCUACCUCUGACACCUAUCAAGGAGGAGAGGAGCAGCAGUUCUAGUCAAUCUCAAAACAACAGCAGAUCUUGUUCAAGUGAAUAUACGAAGACUAUUGGUUCUUGCCGGGAAGAUGCAAAGGGCUCCACAGCAGGGUCAAUGAGCGUGGGCAAAGUUCAUGGUGGUGCAUCUCGGACUCGGAAGUCGAGUAAUGGUGUACAUGGUGCCGGUGUUGCUGUAGUUCAGAAGGAUCAUAGCUCUGCUAAGUUGAGAAAUUCACCUUCUGAUAAAAUUUCCCCGACCCGUAUGUCCCAUGAAAAACCAUCUGAUCAGCCCCUUACCGAUCAAGGGCACAAUCAGCGACUGAUUGUCAGGUUGCCAAACACUGGUCGCAGUCCAUCAAGGGGAGCUAGCGGGGGCAAUUUUGAAGAACCUGCAAUUGCAUGUGGCAAAACAUCACCUCAAUCUGAAAAAAAUGAGAAUCAGGACAGGAGAGUUAAAGCUAAAGCUGAUUGUUUGCAGACCCAUGUGUCAAAUGUGAUAAAUGAUGCACCCAAUGAUAAUGAAACAACUUGUUGUGAUGAAGCUAAGGGCUCUCCGCCAGUGGAUGAGCGGUGCAGGGCUAGUGAAGAAGGGGAUAAAGCAGCAGAAAUGCCAAAAACAACCUGUUCUUCAACUGGAUUUGUUUCCAGAUCUGGGCUUACAUAUGAUGCUUCUUUAAGCCCCAUGAAUGCGUUGGUCGAGAGCUGUGUUAAAUUUUCUGAAGCAAGUUCCUCUGUUUCUCCGGGAGAUGAUGGGAUGAAUCUGCUUGCUUCCGUGGCUGCAGGAGAAAUAUCUAGAUCUGAAAAUGUCUCACCUCUUCCUUCACCCGAGAGGAAGUCUCCUGCAGCUGAUGAAUCAAGCACAGGGAAUGAUUCCAAAUUAAGACGUUCUUUUGAAGCAGCUGCUCGUACUAUUGGACAGUCUGAUGGUGGGGCUACUGGAGAACAUCCUCGGAAUAAUGUGGAGUCAUUGCAAUUCAAAAAUGAUUCUAGGCAUCCUGUGACGACAGUAUCGCAUGAUGUUUCAGGUGGUGAAGCCAUUUCAUCUAGUCAUCUGGAGAAAACUGGUGAUGGCAAAACUCAAAUAAAUUUCUCUACUUCAGAUGCAAUACAGAAUGUCGAAGGUCCGUGCUUACGGCCUGACAUAAAAGAGGAUACUUCUGAAGCUAUGUUUCCAGCUAGAAAGGAGACUCAUGCAGAAACCGGAGGAGCAGAGCGUUUUCAGGAGCAGAGGGAAUUGGGAACUCAACGGGCUAAAAACAGCAGUAGUUCAGGCUUUACGUUAAAGUCAAAGACUUCCUCUUUUGACGAUGAUCAGAAGAUUGCUAACAUGGAUGGUGGCACCGCGGAGCACGAGAAUGGAAAUGAACAAGGGAAAAAAUUCCCCGGGUUAUCUUCAGGUUUAGAUAGUAAGAGCCAGAACAGUGCAGAGAAAGUGACAGGUAUUCUUAGGCCUGUACAGAAAGGCUCUCCAGUUACAGAUACGUGCGAGUCCAUGGAUUUAAAAAGGGAGGAUGUCGUGCCGCCUGCUCCUGGUAAUGCUUUGUCGGUAUCCAGGGAUGAUAAUGCUAAUCAUGUGAUGCCAGCUGAGUUUGAGCCUGAUGAAAAACGAAUGGAUCUGGAUUCAGCAGUUUCAGAUGGUGUUAUUGGCUCUGGUUCAUCAGUUCUCCCAGAUUUACCAAUUACUUCUGUAAAAGAGAACGAAGUUCCCAAAACAUGUGAUUCUAAUCUAGAAAGAAAAAAAUCUGUAGACACUGCAGAGUUGAAUGCCGGCAAUGCUAUUCCAUCCCCAAUUGCUAGCGUUUCUGAUGCAGCUGUAAAACUGGACUUUGAUUUAAAUGAGGGAUACCCCGUUGAAGAUGUAGCUCAAGCGGACAUUGUUAGAACAGAAGAAGCUACCAGUUCAUCUGCAGUCCAUGUUCCUUGCCCGUUGCCUUUUCCCAUUCCGUCCAUCUCCGGUUCAUUCCAUGCUUCAAUUACAGUGGCUUCUGCUGCUAAAGGGCCAGUUGUUCCACCAGAAAAUCCAUUGCGGAGUAAGGGGGAACUUGGCUGGAAAGGCUCAGCUGCUACAAGUGCAUUCCGACCAGCUGAACCUAGGAAAAAUGCUGAAAUGCCAUUAAAUACUGUUGAUAUUCCUUCCGUUGACGCCACUUCAGUUAAAAAAGGCCGCGCUCCUUUAGAUUUUGAUUUAAAUGUUGCCGAUGAAGUAAGUUUCGAGGAUGUAGCUUACCGGGGUGCCUUACCGUCUGGAACACAUGACCGCAGCACCGUGGGACUUGAUCUUGAUCUAAACAGGUUAGAUGAGACUCCUGAAGCUGCAUCUUUCUCUAUGGGUAAAGUGGAUAUUCCUUCUCUACCAUGUAAACAACCUUCAUUGUCCAGUGGGUUAUCUAAUGGUGGAAGUGUCUCAAGAGACUUUGAUUUAAAUAAUGGGCCAGGCCUUGAUGAAGUUAGUACUGAAGUCCCAGCCCGUAGUCUGCAGAUGAAAAGUGCUGUGCCUUUUUCAGGUUCUGUUCAUGGUUCGAGAACAACUAAUGCUGAAUUUGGGAAUUAUUCUUCAUGGUUUCCUCAGGGCAGUUCGUAUUCUGCGAUUACUGUCCCGCCACUUCUGCCUGGUAGGGGGGAGCAGAGUUAUGUUGGUGGUUCUGGGGCACAGCGGAUCAUAGGCUCCACUGGUAGCACACCUUUUAAUCCUGAAAUGUACAGAGGGCCAGUACUUUCAUCCUCUCCAGCUAUUGCAUAUCCACCUACAACCCCGUUUCCAUAUCCAGGAUUUCCAUUUGAAACAAAUUUUCCAUUAUCUUCAAACACUUUUUCUGGUUGUUCAACGCCGUUUAUGGAUUCAUCAACUGUUGGUGGGCUUUGCUUUCCUACUAUGCCCUCACAGCCGGUUGGGCCUGGUGGUGUUGUCUCGUCCGCAUAUCCCCGCCCAUAUGUUAUGAGCCUUCCAGGUGGGACAAGUAAUGUGAUUCCCGACAGCAGAAAAUGGGGAAGUCAGAGUCUGGAUCUUAAUUCAGGCCCUGGUGGUGCAGAUACCGAGCGCAGAGAUGACAGGUUGCCUUCAGGAUUGAGACAGAUGCCAGUCCCCAGUCCACAAGCCUUGAUGGAGGAUCACUUGAAGAUGUUUCAAAUGGCCGGUGCAUUAAAAAGAAAGGAACCUGAUGGUGGUUGGGAUGGAACUGAUAGAUUCAGUUACAAACAUCCCUCAUGGCAGCAGUAGGAUAAUGGCUCUUCGAAGCAUUUUUUUAAGAGGCCAACCCCUUAUAUCUAACUGAAACGUGUGAUAAUAUGCCCGCCUAGAAUCAGAGGAAUUGGCGUCAAAGUGUUUGACUGUUACUUUUCUGCAACAGCACUGAGCCCGAUCUAUUCUCAAACAUUUGGAAGGAGAGGAUUGGAUGUAUGAACUGGCUAGGCUCGAGGCCAGUUUGGCUUCUUUAAAUCAUUUUUUUUUUCAACUUUUGUUACAUAUAUAGUUAUUGCUGUAGUCAUGACUUCCGAAUUUUGUUACUUAUCAGUAUCACAUUCUGGUUAUUGUUGAUAUAUGCACAGGUUAGAGCCACCAUGUACAGUUUGUCACUUCUCCCCCUCCUUAAUGUUAUUACAUGGCUGUGCUCUUGCAUCAUUUUUACUUUUGGUAUCAUAACUGGAACUGGCAUGGAAUCCCUUUGAGUUUCUCCUGUUGUAUUUAUAGUGAAUUCAUCUCGUUGGCCAUA